CGGCCCUCGCCCGGAGUGCGUGUGUGCGCGCGUGUGUGCGCGAGGGAGUGUGUGCGCGGGGGUGCGCGCGGGCGGGAGUGGGCGCGCGCGGGGAAAGGCCCGAAAACACCUUAGUUUGCACCGAGAGACCAUUUGCAGCGGAACCCGAAAGUUUGCCCGAGGAAGAAGAGAGCGCGCGGCGAGCCAGCGGGCAAGGGGCAGCGGCCGCGGCCACGGGGCCCUGGUGCUGCCGGCGCCUCCUCCGCGGGCGUGACGGGAGGACCCGGCGGAGGCAAAUUAUCCUGCUUGUCACUGACUGGGGGCGCAUCUCCCUUGUGUCUCGCUGUCCGAUGGCCACUGCAACACAAGAUUUAAAUAGUCCAGGCUGAGGAUGAGGCUAAGGAGGAAGAUACUCCCCAUCUGGUGAAAAUUUUCUUCUUUCUUAUACCCCUUUGUCCAGAAAUCACCCACAAGUGUCCCAGGAGCUUUUGCUGAUAAUUCCAGUUUCCGAAUGAAACAUUUGGGCCAUGGUGCGGGCUGCAAUCUCUUUUCCGAUUUGCUGUCAAUCAUGAAUGGGUGGAUGUGAUGCCUGCUGGCCGAAAGGUGUCCCUGUGUGUGUUGCAGUCCUGUGGCAUUAUGCAUGCCCCCAACCAGUGACCCCCCAGGCUUUUAUGGCUGUGAGACACGUUAAAAGUUCAGGGGUGAGAAGUGACCUUUUGAGGUGACUAUAACUGAAGAUUGCUUUAGAGAAGCCAAAAAAGGUUUUUGAGUCAUGAUGCAAGAAUCUGGGACUGAGACAAAAAGUAACGGUCCAGCCAUCCAGAAUGGGUCAAGCAGCGGCAAUCACUUGUUAGAGUGCGGCAGUCUCCGGGACGGGCGGUCCAACGGGGAGGCGGCGGCCGUGGACGUGGGGGCAGCCGAUCUGGCCCAUGUGCAGCAGCAGGCUCUUCAAGUGGCAAGACAUCUCCUCCUUCAGCAGCAGCAAGUCAGCGGAUUAAAAUCGCCCAAGAGGAAUGACAAACCACCAGCCCUUCAGGUUCCCGUGUCAGUGGCUAUGAUGACACCUCAAGUUAUCACUCCCCAGCAAAUGCAGCAGAUUCUCCAGCAACAAGUGCUGAGCCCUCAGCAGCUCCAGGUUCUCCUCCAGCAGCAGCAGGCCCUCAUGCUUCAACAGCAGCAGCUUCAAGAGUUUUAUAAAAAACAACAGGAACAGUUGCAGCUUCAACUUUUACAACAACAGCAUGCUGGAAAACAGCCUAAAGAGCAGCAGGUGGCCGCCCAGCAGCUGGCCUUCCAGCAGCAGCUCCUCCAGAUGCAGCAACUCCAGCAGCAGCAUGUCCUGUCCCUGCAACGCCAGGGCCUCCUGCCGCUGCAGCCGGGCCAGCCCGCCCUGCCCCUGCAGCCCCUCACCCAGGGCAUGAUUCCAGCAGAACUGCAGCAGCUCUGGAAAGAAGUGACAAGUGCUCACACUGCCGAGGAAACCCCAGGCAGCAAUCCCGGCAGUCUGGAUCUGUCCACCACAUGUGGCUCUUCCUCUGCCCCUUCCAAGACGUCCUUACUCAUGAACCCACAUGCCUCUACCAACGGGCAGCUCUCGGUCCACACUCCCAAGAGGGAAAGCUUGACUCAUGAAGAGCACCCGCAUGGCCAUCCUCUCUACGGACAUGGCGUAUGCAAGUGGCCCGGCUGUGAAGCAGUAUGCGAAGAUUUCCAAUCAUUUCUAAAACAUCUCAACAGUGAGCAUGCGCUGGACGAUAGAAGUACAGCUCAAUGUAGAGUACAAAUGCAGGUUGUACAGCAGUUAGAGCUACAGCUCGCCAAAGACAAGGAGCGCCUGCAGGCCAUGAUGAGCCACCUGCACGUGAAGUCUUCGGAGCCCAAGGCCGCACCCCAGCCCCUGAAUCUGGUAUCAAGUGUCACACUCUCCAAGUCUGCAUCAGAGGCUUCUCCGCAGAGCUUACCUCAUACUCCAACGACCCCGACCGCCCCCAUCACUCCCGUCACCCAAGGCCCCUCCGUCAUCACCACCACCAGCAUGCACACGGUGGGACCCAUCCGCAGGCGGUACUCAGACAAAUACAACGUGCCCAUUUCUUCAGCAGAUAUUGCGCAGAACCAAGAAUUUUAUAAGAACGCAGAAGUUAGACCACCAUUUACAUAUGCAUCUUUAAUUAGGCAGGCCAUUCUCGAAUCUCCAGAAAAGCAACUAACACUAAAUGAAAUCUACAACUGGUUCACACGAAUGUUUGCUUACUUCCGACGCAAUGCCGCCACGUGGAAGAAUGCAGUGCGUCAUAAUCUUAGUCUUCACAAGUGUUUUGUGCGAGUAGAAAACGUUAAAGGGGCAGUAUGGACAGUGGAUGAAGUAGAGUUCCAAAAACGAAGGCCACAAAAGAUCAGUGGUAACCCUUCCCUUAUUAAAAACAUGCAGAGCAGCCACGCCUACUGUACACCUCUCAAUGCAGCUUUACAGGCUUCGAUGGCUGAGAAUAGUAUACCUCUAUACACUACCGCUUCCAUGGGAAACCCCACUCUGGGCAGCUUAGCCAGCGCAAUACGGGAAGAGCUGAACGGAGCAGCAGACCACACGAACAGCAACGAGAGCGACAGCAGUCCGGGCAGAUCCCCCAUGCAAGCCAUGCAUCCUGUCCACGUCAAAGAGGAGCCUCUUGAUCCAGAGGAAGCCGAAGGGCCUCUGUCCUUGGUGACAACAGCCAACCACAGCCCAGAUUUUGACCACGACAGGGAUUACGAAGACGAACCAGGAAACGAGGACAUGGAGUGACCGUCUGGGCGGGCCGGCCCUAAGAAUGAAGAUUGGGGAAAACAAACAAACGGCGUCAAAAGUUAGCAGUGAAAUCGUUCUCCAUUUGUGUACAGUCUGGAGGAUUUUCACUACAUUUUGACGACUCUGAAAUGUGUUAACUCUUAGUGCCAUCAAGAAUCCCAUUUGGGAGUAUUUUUGAUUUUUCUACUUUUUGUUGAAAAAAGGAAUUUGUACUCUGUGCAUUGGAUGGACUUGUUUGGUACUUGGGAUUUUCCUCUCUUAACCGUCAACAUCAGUGUUGUAAAUGUGCUAAACUGACUCACUUUUAGCAGCAGAUUCUGAACUGCAGUCCUGCCAGCGUUGGACACUGAGGACACCCAGCUGAGCAUGUGCACCAAGCCUCUGCCCAGAAUUUAAGGAUUCCAAUGGACGACCUAUUUGCACAGUACUGCAUGUUGAUUAUCACUGCCUUUACCGUUUUGUUUUUUUUUUUUUUUUGCUUCCAUUUGGGAUGGGGAAGGCCUUUGUGUGUGUAUUGGGGGGAGGGGUUAAAAAUAAUUAUCCCAAACUUUUUAAUGUAUUGCUUUUUUUUUUUUUUUUUUGCUUCUACUUAUACCAUUUUAAGUUCUGACCUCAGGCCUCCAUUUGGGCCCAUGGCCUCUUGGAGGCUUAAAGUUUUCUGUACCAUGUGAUGAAUGUUAAUAGGUGUUUUUAUUACACAAAGCUGAAUGUCAUUUCUCGUUUGUAGUUUUCUGUCACUCAUUCCAUCUUCCUUCAGACAUCACCACGUUUUCUCUAAAGUCAGAAAACAUUCCGUUUUGGUCUUUUUCAAAAAAGGUCCCAAAUGCUGCACUCUACACAUGAAGGCCCUCUCGCACAGACGUGAAGCCCUGCCAGAAAGAGAAUGAAUGACAGAAAAAAAAAAAAAAAGAGACAGACACUCUAGGAACAAGCAGAUUCAUUCCACAGAGCAGUAUUGGAGGUGGGAAAGGGGGUUCAGAUUUCCUUUUUUUUUUUUUUGACGGUUAUCGUCACUCUCAAUAAAUGCCACAUCGUUUGACCAGCACAAGGAAACAGGCAGCACCCCGCAGCACCCCUCCCCCCCACAAACAAAUCUCCUGACAGUUGGACGGCCGGUGUGGCUGCAGAAGGCUCUCCCUGAUGACCGAGUUGCAGUGGGCCACCGGCUUCCCUGAGCAAGUUCGCUGAAAGUGGUGGCGGCACUGAAUUUAAACAUCAGUUGAGACCUGCUUGGUGGCAUUAAUCUGUUUGAAGGCAAAUUAGAUUUCAGAUUGCAUUUGUUAUGGGAGUUAAUGAAGACUCAGUUCGGCAAAUGCUAAAGUGUUCAUUUCAAACGUGCAAAUUUGGUUCUGCACUUCAGUCCGUUAUGUAAAAUUAUUGCACCGACCCAGAAUCAAAAUCUAACAGAAGACAGCAAGCAGACGAGGUGAGGGCGCCCCUCGACCCUGGGCUUCUUGGGAAACAAACACUGGCCUGCAGAUCGUGGCGGUCAUCGGUCAGGACAACCUCGGUCCAUAGAACCCCUCUGCUCCCCUCUGCACCCACUUUCCUGUUUUACUCCUUUAUUUAUCCAGGACCGAAGCUUUUGUUUUGUUUUAGUUUAAGAGCCUUUUGGAGCUUAAUUUAUAUUCUUUGUACCUUUUUUCUAAAAUUACCAAAGAUAUUACACAAAGGUAAAUUAUGUUCUCUGUUUUAUGCUUUAUCUAAUGAAGCCAAAUAUCCUCUUAUUGUUGAUCAAAGGAGGCAAAAGAAGUUAGAGGCAAUUGAUGACAUAUAGGCCCUCGCAAACCCGAGGAAGACAACUGCUCCUUCAUUGUAGAAUAAAUUUAGAAGACCAAGUAGGUAAUGGAACCAAAGUUCUUACUUUUUUUUUAGUUAUUGUGGGUUUGUUUUUUUUGUUUGUUUUGUUUUCUUUUCUGCACCUCUACCGAGACCAAAACUCCUUCUUGUAAAAGAAAUUAUGGGGCUACUGAAGAUAAAAAUAGUAUCACAGAAGUGAAAGAAGGAAGUCCCAUCACAGAGAAAAAAAUGAAUGUAUGCCCCUGAAAAUCGGGGGCAUCUGACAAAGCAGAGAGUUACGGUGACACUCAGAGAGAACAGGAACGCUGCCACGGUGUCGGUAGACCAGACCACACACUAGCAUUUCUAGGACACAGGUUUUCAAAGAAAGAUCGUAUGCCACUUUGGUUUAAGGACUAUGCUACGACCACUGAGUUAAUUUUGGUGUAUCUUGGCAUCUAUCCUCUGGUUUUUUGCUUGUGUUUUCUUUAAUGUUUCCUUACUCCUUCCUUUUUUCUCAUCAGGCUUUGGUCAGCAUUUUUUUUUUUUCAUCAAAAUAAAUAAAUAAAUAAAAUAACACUCCGGUCCGCUCGUAAGCUUGGUACAAAGCCAUCUUCAGCAGUUGCUUCUGAGGCCUCGCUCUGCUUUCUGUACAAAGGGCGGUCUGUGGUCACUCGAGACUUUUUUUUUUUUUUUUAACUUUUCCAGGCAGCUUCAUGACGUGCAGGCAGUAGCCAGACAGGGUCAUGGGAAGGGGGCCCUGUGCUUCUAAACUGAGGGGUUGCUGGUUAGUUUGGUAUUCAAAAGAGGAUAAAAAUCUGGUAGAUUAGUUCAUUCUCAGCAUGUGUAGCUAGACAUGAGUAAAGAUAACAGCAUGAGAAACUGUUAGUACGCAUACCUCAGUUCAAACCUUUAGGGAAUGAUUAAAAUUUUAAAAAAAAAUACAUUUCACUCAGUUGCACUUAGUCGUAUGUCUUGCAUGCUUCGUCUAAAGACUGUAGCAAAAAAAAGAAAAAGUAGAUUUUACAUAUCUUUGCAGGUAUCACAGCCUUGCAGAAGAACCAACUGAAAAAAAAAAAAACAAUUCUCAGGCUUUACAGCAAGCAGACUUCACUAUGAUUUUUACAGUUCUGUAUCCCUCGGGGGUGUUCCAGUCGCUUCUUUAGGAUGGGUUUAUUAUGUUGUACAUAUAUCCCGAUGUGUCUGUGUGAAUCUUUGUCUUUUUUGGGGGAGGGCGGAGGGCAGUUCUUUUUUUAGAUAUUGUUCCUAAAAAGGAAUAAAUGCAUACACCUGUUUGUCAAAACAC